AUGGAUGAACUGAAAAUGAGUAUGGAGGAGGACGCUGACACUGGCGAUGAUGAGUCUAUCGAAGAACCGGAGACUGAGGAUGAACCAAACCGAAUUUCGAAUAUUAUGAUUGAAUACUUUUCGGCAUUUGAUGAUGAUCUAACAGAACCGAUCAAGGAUGUAGUAGUUGAUAUCCAUAUAGAUGAGCGAGCGAAACCCAUAGUUCACAAACCAUACACUGUCGCGUUCAAACAUCGCGAAGCUGUGGCAUCACUAUUAGAUGAUCUGGAGUCUAAAGGUAUACUUGAAAAGGUUGAAUAUGCGGAAUGGGCCUCUCCUAUAGUGGUGGUAGUGAAACCGAAUAAAAAAGAAAUUCGUAUUUGCAUGGACGGAUCUAAAACGGUCAACCCAUAUAUUAUCACUCAUCACUAUCCCCUACCGGUUAUCGAAGAACUUAUCACAAACAAAAGCAGAGCAAAAAAAUUCGCUCUCAUCGAUUUGAGAGGAGCCUAUCAACAACUCAUUGUCUCUGAAAACACAAAAAAGCUCUUAGUUAUCAAUACCCAUAAAGGUUUGUAUGCUUAUCGCAGGUUACCAUUUAGAGUCAAACCGGCAGCUACUAUUUUUCAAUCAGUCAUGGAUAGAAUUUUACAGGGUAUUUCGAACGUACAAACUUAUAUAGAUGAUAUCCUCAUUUGGGCCGAGUCGGAUGAGGAGUUACUAGAUAUUAUCAAAAUUGUGUUAGGAAGGUUAGCGAAAUACAAUGUCAAAAUAAAUGCCGAGAAAUGCGAGUGGUUCGUUUCCCAAGUGAAAUAUUUGGGUCACAUUCUAUCGGAGGCGGGUGUGUCGCCAAACCCGGAGAAGGUGAAAGCAAUUAUGGCCGUGCCGGAGCCAAAAUCAAAAACACAGCUAAAAGCAUUUCUUGGGAUGAUAACAUUCUAUACCAAAUUCUAA